CGGCUUCGGUGUCCGUCGCGGCUGUCGCGGGACUUGAGCUGCGCUAGCACCUCCCUCAGGAGACCGUUGCAGUCGGGUAGCCCCUUCUCCUCGGUAACCAUGUGCGACCGAAAGUUCGUGAUCAAAAAUGCAGAGAUGUCGGAAGAGUUGCGACAGGACUCCGUGGAGUGCGCUACUCAGGCGUUGGAGAAAUACAACAUAGAAAAGGACAUUGCGGCCCAUAUCAAGAAGGAGUUUGACCAGAAGUACAAUCCCACCUGGCAUUGCAUCGUGGGGAGGAACUUCGGUCGUUCUGUGACACAAGACACCAAACACUUCAUCUAUGUCUACCUGGGCCAAGUUGCCAUUCUUCUGUUCAAAUCUGGUUAAAAGCAUGGACUGUGCCACAUGCCCAGUGAUUCAUCCAAAAAACAAGGACUGCGGCCUAAAUUCCAAAUACCCCAGAGACUGAAAUUUUCAGCCUUGUGAAGGGAACACCUGGAUCUUUGAACCUUUAUUGUGUUUUAUACAGGGUAGUCUCUGCACUAGUUUGUUGUGGUUAUAAUUAGCAAAACAGCUUACAUUUGUAUUUAUUUUC